AUGGCAAAUACUGAUUUACAGAAGCUGGUGAAUCAAGUGGAGAUCAAAUCGGACGGUGAUGUAUUUCAUGAAAUCUUCAGGCAAAGGCCUCACCACAUCUCCACCAUGUCUCCUUCAUUGAUCCAAAACGUGGAUAUUCACGAUGGUCAUGAUUGGGGAACUGUUGGAUCUAUCAUCUACUGGAAUUUCACUCACGAUGGAAAGGAGAAGGUGGCAAAGGAGAUAAUAAGAGAAAUAGACGAGGAGAAGAAAUUAGUGAAGUAUGAAGUUCUAGAAGGUGACAUAAAAGAACAUUACAAAACAUUUUUCGUCACUGUUCACGUGGACACUGAAGGAGAGAACAAUCUUGUUACAUGGACAUUUGAAUAUGAGAAAAUGAAUGCGGAUGUAGAGGAUCCCACCUCCCUCAUGGAUUUCUGCAUUGCUGUGUCGAAAGAUAUUGAGACUCAUCAUCUUGUCGCCAAUUAA